AUGUCACAACAACAAGAUUUGAACCUAUUCGUGGACAACUCCAUCAUCCCACAGAAAGUAUACAGAGACGAACCAUUGUUCGGUGUCAUCACACAUACACAGGGAACAUCACCUAGUUGGCUAAUAAAUUUAUUGAUUGAAAAUGCACUUUAUGGAACUUGUGUUAUAAAUCAUGAAAAAAAUCAACAUAGACAAUUAAGAUCAAAUGUUGUUGUUAUUUCAUUCUUGAAUGAUUUUGAUUUUUAUGAGAAAGAUUUGAAAAGAAAUGGGAUUGAAGUUAAUGAUAACCAACAGUUCCAUUUCAUUGAUUUAUUUACAGAUUUAUUUCAAAAAAUUAAUACACCUGAAAGUAUUGUUAAAAUUUUUGAUCAAUUAUCUAAAACAAUUCAAAAUAUACCAAACAAGAAAACUAUACUGAUUGAAGGUAUCGAAUUCCUGUUAUCAUCAACAGGUAUAACUUCGAUUCAAUUAUUAAAUCAAAUCAAUAAAUUAAAUAAGAUUGCAGAUGCUUUAUUUAUUAUAACAGGUGCAGAUAAAGAAUUAAUUGAUAUACAACAUGCAAACCCAUCAUUACCAGAGUUCAAGACAUUAGAUUUCAUAAUAAGAUUAUUACAUCGUUCAAAUAUUGUCUUAGGAUUAAGACCAUUAGAAACUGGUAGAGCUAAAGAUAUCACAGGUACUUUAACAAUUUCUAAAGGUACUAUACCAUUUGAUUCAUUAGUUGUAUCAGAAAAGGAAUAUUUAUUCUUUGUAUCAAGAGAAACUACAAAAUUAUUCUUCAGAUGA